GAAAAAGAAAUAUGACAGCGUUUUAUGAUCUUGAAUGUCUUGAUAAUAAGAACCAACCUUUUAAAUUCGAGGAAUUAAAAGGAAAAUUUGUAUUAAUUGUUAAUACUGCAUCAAAAUGUGGUUUCACUCCUCAAUAUCAUGGUCUUGAAAAACUUUAUCAACAAUUUAAAGAUCAAGGUUUCGUUGUAUUGGGGUUUCCUUGCAAUCAAUUUGGUAGCCAAGAACCUGGAACCAAUGAAGAAAUUAUUGAAUUUUGCUCAAUGAAUAAAGUUAGCUUCCCAAUAAUGUCAAAAGUUGAUGUAAAUGGUGAUAACGCACAUCCUGUAUACAAAUAUUUAAAGUCACAAAAAUCUGGUAUUGCAGGAAUAAAAGCAAUCAAAUGGAAUUUUGAAAAAUUUUUAAUUGAUAAAAAUGGAAAUGUUGUUUCAAGAUAUUCUUCCAUCACAAAGCCUGAAGAUUUGCAAAAAGAAAUUGAAAAGUCCUUGAAAUCAUAA